UUUUUUUUUUUUCAUUUCGUUUAUAUUUCUUCUUUUCUUUUUUUAUAUUCAUCAUGUCUACAUCGAUGAUUACACCUGAAUCGAAAUAUAAAUCCAUGUUCAAAUCAUCCAAAAUAUUAUGGAAGAAUAAUAAAACUACACCAAUAUCUUUAAAGGAAGGAGAACAAUCAUCUUCUUCAUCAUCAUCAUCAUCCAAACUUCUCAAGAUACCUACUAUGAAAUUACCUUCUCCAUCCAUGCCAUCUUUUAAUAAAAAAGAUAAUCCAAUGAUGCUUCGAGAAACAGGUAAAAACGAAGUAUAUGAACUAUCAACUGUCAAUGAUUCUGGAGUUUAUUUACCACCACAACAACAACAUUCUAUCAAACAUGAUCAUUGGUUGGAUGAAGUUACAUUCUCUUUUGUUUUACCCUCUCAAGAUUGUUUGACCACUGUUUCUGGAUGUCCUCAUUCUUUUUAUACACCCUCUUCUGUCAUGAUCACUGCGUAAUUUAUAUUAUUCAUCUUUUUAUUUUAUAUCUCACUUUUUUAAUUUAUUUGUAUUAUUUUAUUUACUUCUUAAUAUUCUUAAUUCUUUUCCCCAUUUGAACA